AUGGUGUCCACGACGCUGACUGCCGCUCUGGCGGGCGUGUUUUCGCAUCUUACCUAUUUCCAGCGAGGCGAGCAUCAACUCUACGGCACCACCUAUACGCAGGUUUUCGGUGUCCUGUACGCCACUGCGGUCGCUUAUCUGCAUGUCUCAUGGGGAACCGUAUGGCGAGAGGCCCUGGUCACCGUCUCCCUGCAUGCAGCAUCCUACCUUCUUGGCACCUUCAGCAGUCUACUGCUCUAUCGUCUGGUGUUCCACCCACUGGGAUCGUUCCCAGGUCCAUGGCUCGCCCGCAUUUCGGAUUUUUGGCUCGUUUCGCAGAUGAAGAACAACAAUAAACAUGUCAAGCUGGUUGAACUGCACGAGAAGUACGGUCCCUACGUCCGCAUUGGACCCUCAACUCUAUCCGUCAUCGAUCCCAAAGCUGUCAACAUCAUUCAUGGCCCAGCUUCGCGCUGCUUGAAGAGCGGCUGGUACGACCACUCAUACCCCAGCAAGUCAUUGCAGACGAGUCGAGACCCGGCCGAGCACCAGCAGCGCCGGAGAUUAUGGAGUACCGCCUUCGGCAGCAAGCAGCUGCGCGGAUAUGAGCAUCGCGUGCGUAAGUACCGUCAGCAGCUCGUAGAUCAGUUGAUGAAAAGGGAGGGUCAGCCAGUGAAUGUCACCAAGUGGUUCGACCUAUACACCUAUGACGUGAUGGGAGAUCUGGCAUUCGGGGAGGGUUUUGGUUGUCUCGAGCAAGGCGAGUACCAUUGGGCCACACAAAUCAUGAUGGAGACAAUGGACUUUGUUGGCAGCUAUUUGCCCAUGUGGCUCUUCCGUAUGGUCUUGGAGGUACCUGGGCUGAAGAGCGGAUGGUAUAAGUUCCUGGAGUACUGUGAGAUGAGGCUGGUGGAGAGAAUGAGGAAUGAGCCUGAUGUUCCCGACGUCAGCGCAGCGCUUCUAGCACCCUUCAAAGGCAAAGAGCCCGGGAAGGAGGACCAACAGUGGCUAGGAGGAGAUUCGCGACUUAUUAUUGUUGCUGGAAGUGACACCACUGCCUCGACACUUGUUUCUUUGUUCUAUGAGCUCGCCCAUCGUCCCGACGAGGUCGAAAAGCUUCGUGCCGAAUUGGCUCCAUUUGUAAAUAUGGAUGGAGGCCUUGGAGACUUUUACGACAGUGAGAUUGGUCACUUGGGACACCUCAACGGUGCCAUCAACGAAGCCUUGCGUCUAUAUCCGGCGGUUCCUUCGGGAGUACCACGGAUAAUGCCUCCUGAGGGCAUUACUGUGAACGGAGUGUCCAUUCCAGGCAACACCAUAGUUAUCAAUCCAACCCUUGCGAUGGGACGGUCGGAAUUGAGCUAUAAAAAGCCACUAGAGUUUAUUCCCGAGCGGUGGUACCAGCAGCCCGAGCUGAUAAACGAUCAAUCGGCUUUUGUUCCAUUCAACAUUGGUACUUACAACUGCAUUGGCAAGCCGUUGGCACUUCAAAAUCUGCGGGCAACGGUGGCACAUUUGGUCACAACUUUUGACGUCAAGUUUGCGCCAGGAAAUGCGGAGAAAGAUCUGACCAGACGGUCAAAGGAUUGUUUUGUCUUGUACCAUGGUGAACUGGACUUGAUCUUCACACGGCGAAAGUAA